GAAACCAGAAGCAAGUGCACUCUUAUGUCUACAGUUUCUGCCUUCGCACUGCAUGACUAGCAUGUUAUCACGGAAAGACCAGUUACAGAACAUUAAAAUCACUUAACAGAAGAACCGCGGAACAAUGAAUGACCGCGAACUUGAUCUCACAGAAGCGCAAAAAGCUACAAAGUCAAAGUAUCCUCCCAUCACCAGGAAAUACGAGUAUCUUGAUCAUACUGCAGAUGUCCAGAUUCAUUCAUGGGGUGAUUCUCUGGAAGAGGCGUUUGAACAGUGUGCAAUGGGGAUGUUUGGCUACAUGACGGACACAGAAACUGUGGAACCCAUUGACACUCUAGAAGUAGAAUCAGAAGGCGAAGACAUGGAGUCACUCCUUUUUCAUUUCUUAGAUGACUGGCUCUUUAAAUUCAGCGCUGAUAUCUUCUUCAUUCCCAGGGAAGUGAAGGUGUUGCACAUUGACCGACUGCAGUACAGAAUCCGCUCGAUAGGGUGGGGUGAAGAAUUUAACCUGAGUAAGCAUCCACAGGGAACAGAAGUGAAAGCAAUCACCUACUCUGCAAUGCAAGUACAUGACAUAGAGAAACCAGAGAUCUUUGUCAUCAUCGAUAUUUAAACAUCAAAAAUAUAUUAAAUACACUUUAAUACCUCGUGUUAAUUUACAUGAUUUUUAAAGAUUGUACCUUCUAGUUGGAAUGGACAUGUGAGGUGAAGGUGUCAUUUCUGUAAACUAUCGAAUGUUAUGUGGAUUGUGGAUGGCUGAAAUACCAUUUUGUUUUUUGGUCCGAUUUUCAUUCUUAAUAAUAAUAUUAAUGAUUGGAAAUAUGAAAAAACACGUAACCCAGAAACACUCAUGAUCUGAAAAAUACUUGUUUAAUUUGCUUUUGGUUUAAAUUAUUUUCUUUUUUUAAAUCAUAUACAACACACUUGGUCAAGCUCAUUGUUUAUACUCAAGCUAAAAAUGAAAAUAUAUAUCUUGUUAAUAUUAAUGCUACAAUGAAAGUAAAUUCGAGCAAGUCUGUGCAUAGUGAAAAUCUUCAAAACCAUCAGGCGUACAAUGAGUGUUUUGUCUUGAAUAUUCUUUGUGAUAUGCAUAUUUCAUAAACAUUUGUAUAGUCAAUGUUUUAAAAUAUAUCACUCUUCAUUGAGCUGUCAUUUUUAAA